AUGGAUUUUUUAAGUCUGCCUGUCGUCGUGGUAGAAACAAUAUUAUCAUAUUUAUCGUACGAUGAAGUUUCUAAGUACAGAAUGGUGUCCAAAGGUUUCAAUGACAUAUGCAUGAGGAUGUUAAAUCGUGGAUUCCUGAUGAUAGAGCGGCGACAUGCAUUAGCCUUAAAAGGUGUAAAAGCACAACUGCCUCGUAGAGAAUCUGAGCGCAGAUAUCAUCCUCUGGCUAGGCACUGUGAUAUUUUGACAUCAAUUGAAACAAGAAUAUCUAUGCUGAACAUGACUUAUUCAAAAUUUAUGGAUUGUGGUAUUUGCUGCUUUAUACCAGGGAAGGUGAUAGACGAAAUUCGUCGUGUUCUCAGUUUAGUUGAGACGUCAAAAACUCCGCCACGUGCGCAUGAAGUGUUACAAGAGUUGCGAGACAUUUCUAGCAUGGCUAUCGAGCAUUUUGAUGAUAAAGUAUCGCCUGACUUCCGUAAGAAGUUACACGAGGGAGUCCCCAUCCCGGAACCCAGGCCAUCCCAAGUUUCCUUACUGCCACUAGCACUCCGCCAAGAGAUGUUGGAUCUUCGCCGUCGUUCUAUAUUGAACGCGAAACUGUCCUUACAAGUAGCUUCGCAGUACAAAAGGUUUUAUAAACGGAUCGUAGAAUACAAGCAAAUUGUCUGGAGGCAAAGGAAGACCAUUCGGGAUUUGAAAAAGCGGCAGAGAGAUCAGGACGCUUGUAUGGCUGACUUGAAAAAACGGAUUGAAGAAUGCGAUAUAAAGUACAGCAAGCUCACACACACUGACCAGACUGUCGGAGGGUCUGUUAUUGCUGGUAACAGAAUAUUUACAUCAGCGAAUGACAGUUCAGGAAGUGUUGCUCCGCUACGUCACUUCGGUAGUCAGAUUAAAUUGGAUCUGUCAGUUUUGCCGAUUGGAACUAACAAACGAAACUCUAAUAAAUUGUUGCCAAACAUGAAGCCGCGAAAACCUCAAAUAAGACUGCCAAGCUUAUCUGAAGAUGUUGAUAUGGAUUCAAAUCCAGUACCUUCAACGUCAAAUCAGACUCCCCGCCAAAAAACCCAAUGCACUAUGGCCAAAAUAAGGGGAAUCACCGCUGAGAUUCGACAAUUGAGUAAUCUGUCAAAAACCAUAGAGGGAAAGCUAAAACGUCCCCGUAUAUCAAAUUCUGAAGAGUUGGAGAAUAAAAAACAAAAGUUGCAUUAG